AGGGGCGUUGAACAGCCUUGAUGCCACUAUCGCCACCAUGCGUUAAAUAAUGGAGAUACAUGUGUGUUUAUGCAGCAUAUCAUCGGAUUAUUGUAUACGUUUUUCUCAAUUUCGUUUAAUGUCAUGCUGUUCAGAAGAAUCAAAGCGUUUCAUCGAAAAUUAAAUUUGGGUACAAAGAAAUCAAUGAUUUUAUAAACAUGGAGUCUUCGCGAGAUAAGGAGCGCUACCGGUUGGAACAAGAAGCGUUUGUUUCAAAUCAUGGAGGGACAACAUCGCAAGAGGUUGUUCACGUUAUUUUACCAAAUAUAUGCGGUGUACUUUUAACAAUAACAACUUUAGGGCUUUAUGGAAAGUACUUACAUAGAAAUGUAAAAAUUGUCAUAGAAUUCAUGUUAACUGUCGUUCCAUGCAUUUUGUGUUGUACUAUAUUAUCAGAAUACGUUAGCAACGUAUGCGUUUUUAUGAUCAUCCUUUCUUUUAUAAAUAUUAUGUUAAUGAGAAUCAAAGUACAUGCACUAACGAGUUGUAUAUUAAGGCCUGUAAAAGGGAAAAGGCCGUUUGUAACAAAUUUUCGAGCUCUUUCCAAUAUCAUUACAGUGAUAUGUAUAUUAGCCGUAGACUUUCGUAUAUUUCCAAGAAAGUUUGCCAAAACCGAAGUAUUUGGUUAUAGUUUAAUGGAUACCGGUGUUGGUAUAUUUAUAAUAGCUAAUGCUUUAGUCUCACCAGAGGCUAGAGAUUUUAGUAGUCAAUCAAAAUUAGGUUUCUUUAGUACGCUAUCAAGGAAUCUGAAAAGACCUCUAAAGAGUUCUAUUCCGUUAUUAUUGUUAGGGUGUGGAAAAUUCUUAGCUAUAGAAUUUUUAGGUUAUCAAAGACAUAUUACCGAAUACGGAGUUCAUUGGAAUUUCUUUAUAACAUUGGCAUUUGUCAAAUUAUUUACUAGAACAAUAACAAGUACGAUAAACUCGAGGUAUUCUUUACUUUCUGGCAUAUGGAUUUUAGCUAUGCACGAAUAUAUCUUAACUAAUAAUGGUUUGAAAGAUUGGAUUUUAAGCAAUGAACCAAGAGUUGAUUUUAUUACAGCGAAUAGAGAAGGUCUCAUGUCUAUACCAGGUUACGUAGGAUUAUAUCUAAUCGGUGUUGCGGUUGGAAGAUUGAUACACUGCACUUAUCUAAAUUUAAAUUUAGGUACUACUUUAUAUCCUAGAAAAAAUAUUCAUAUUACAAUCUUUGGAUAUGAUUUAGACGCAAGUUACAACGAAUCGAUGAUAUUGUGCGUAAAAUUAUCAUUGAUAGCAGCCCAGGCAUGUGCCGCGACGUUAUUUUGCGACAAAUACUUUAGGAUAUCAAGAAGAUUAGCCAAUGCAGGUUAUUGUUCAUGGAUAGUUACAUUAUGCACCAUGAUACUUACGCUCUUAUUACUCAUCGAAGUAGUAACGGAUAUAUUGAUUUAUGCAACAACGGAUCAUAAAAUCGUAGAUAAUAAAAAUGACAAGGUAUUAGAAAAAAUGGGCGAAGUUAAACAUAAAAGACACAAAGCCGGUUUUAAAACUAGAAAAGAAAAUAAGCAGGAUAUAAAGCAAGAGAGUUCGCAGGAUUUACCCGUUGAUAGUCCGAUUAAGAGAACUUUAGAAAUUUUUGAGGCUGUGAAUUAUAACGGACUUAUUUUUUUCUUGUCGUGUAACAUGUUAACGGGUAUCAUUAAUUUACUCGUAUCAACGUUAUACACUGGAAAAAAUACAGCUCUUCAGAUAAUGAUCGCAUACAUGGCUGUAAAUAUAUUUUUCAUUUUAAUAUUAUACAGAUGCCAAGUGCAAGUCAAAAUGUAAAACGUAUAAAGUUAAGGAAAUGAAAUUUGCGUAUGAUGUGCGUUAUACGAUGAAAAAGAUGUAUACCACGUAUACCGUCAAUACUCAUUGACGUCGUAUAAAAUAAUGUCUUCUAUAACCCAACGACAGAAAAUUUACUUCUGUAAUAUAUAGCUAGUUACGAUCAACGACCCGACCAUAGUUAAUAAAUUAGUUGAAAAAAAUAA